AUGUCCACCCCUCAAUCCCAAAUCGCAGCUCAACUCCAGAGCGCAAAAUCCCUCUCCGUCUCCCACUCCUGGCUAGACACCUUCGUCGCCUCUUCCUCCGCCUCCCUCCAGCGCAACAUCCCCAUCUCCGCCCUCACCCAAACAGCCCUCUUCCGCGUUCUCUCCUCCGACUUCCGCGACACCCUGAUCACCACGAACCCCUCCUCUGUGCUCCCCAUGGAUAUCUUCGAUCCGGCUGUGAAGGAGAGACGACUGGUGGGGCCAAUUCCAGUGCAGGUGCUUGAUAUUGAGGAUAUCGGGUCCAGUUUAUGGAGUCAGGUUGAGGCGAUUGAGCGCGUAGAACGCGGGGAGGCGAUUCGGGGGAGGGAGAUUGUCCGGACGGUGAGUGUGGGGGAGGAAAUUGAGGAUCGAGCGAGUAACAAUAAUAACAGCGGUAAUAAUAAUGCUGGAGGUAAUGAGGGUGGGGGCAAUGGACCUCAUCGGUUGAUUCUGCAGGAUGCGGCGGGGACUCGGACUGUGGGGAUUGAAUUGAGGCGUAUUAGUGAUAUUUCCAUUGGGAAGUUGCCGAUUGGGGCCAAGUUGAUAUUGCGGAGUGCUACGGUUGCUCGGGGCAUGGUGUUGCUGACUCCAGACUGCGCUACUGUAUUGGGUGGGAAGAUUGAGUCGAUGGACCGGGCGUGGAAAGAGGGUCGCAAGGCAAGGUUGAUGGCGAGAAUCAAUGAGAUGGCACAAGAGGGACAGAUGACCAGAGGCAGAGGUGGAGAUGCAAUGGAAGAAUGA